AUGGGGGACUCAAAGCUCUGCCUUUUGCUGCUCCUCAGCACAUCUGCCUUGGCUUUGGACCAAAGGUACAAGACCUUACACAAGUAUGAAUACCGGUAUGAAGCUGAAUCUUUGAAUGCCAUCAACGGAGCCUCACAGCUCAAGAACGGACCCAAGGCCUCUUGCACGGUUGAAAUCGAAGUGCCUCAGACAUGUAGUUUCAUCAUCCGCACCACUGGCUGUAGCCUGAGUGAGGUGGUCGACAUGGACACAGAGGGCAACCCUGUGUUCAGUCCUGCACCCAGCUCUGAUGCAUUUGCUGCUGAAAUGGAGAGAUAUCCUCUAAAGGUUGUGGUUGAGGGUGUGUACGAUGUGAAACUUUACCCCGAGGACGGUGAGACAACAACCAUCCUGAACAUCAAGAGGGGUAUCAUCUCUGCCCUGGCUGUACCUCUACUGGAAGAAGAUAUGCCCACUAUCCAUGGCAAGUGCAAGACCGAUUACAAAGUCAACGCCAGAGAGGAUAUUGCAACUGACAUCAGCCUCACCAGGGACCUGUCCAGAUGUGACAAAUUUGUCCCCAUGAGAGAUCACACCAGCCCACUGGCACUUAUCUCUGGCAUGCACUACCCUCUUGCCCAGCUGGUAAGAAGCUCCCAGUCCUGCAAUUACAAGUUUGACAAUGAGAAAAAACACAUGACCUCUGGGUCUUGCACAGAGAACCACAUCCUCAUUCCCUUCUCUCACAAGGGAGAGUAUGGAGUUACCAACGUUGGAAAGCAAGAACUGACUCUGGUUGAGGUUUCUCCUCACAACGAAAGAGUCUUUGACCACAGUGACAUUGUCAAGGGUCUUCACAUGGAGGUUGUUGAGGACAAGAGUGCUGUCCAGGAUAAAGAUGCAGGUCUGAACCUCCUGAGAGAACUGGCCACUCUGCCCGAGACCGAGGGUGAGAGGAGGGCUCACCUCUUCCACAACAUUGUCACCAUGGUCCGUGGAAUGAAGACUGACACCCUUAGUCCCGCCAUUCUUGAGGCUCUUGCAGUGUCCCCUGUCCUGACCUAUCAGGUCUUGGCCCAGUGUGGAACCCCUGAGUGCAGCAGUGCCAUCAUGCAGAUCCUCAGGACUUUUGAUACCUCCUCAGUCGAGGUUGAUGCCGGUGUUUUUGCUAUGGGACUCGUAUCCAAUCCUUCUGCCCUCUUGAUCAAUGACAUGCUUGAGAUGGCCAAAUACAAGCCCAGCAAGCCCAUCAUGUAUGCCCUGAGCAAUGUUGUCAAGAGGUUUUACAAAGCUGAGGGAAAACUGAUCCCUGAGAUUCACUCUGUUUCUGAGUUCAUGGCUGCCCAGUUGGGUGACUGUUCUGGUGACAAUGACAAAACCUUUAUGACACUGAGAGUUAUUGGAAACAUGGCUCCAGCUCUGGUAUCUGCUGGCCCCACACUCAGAUCUGCUGUCAUCCAGUGUGUGAACCAACCUGCUGCUUCCCUGGCUGUGCAGCAGGCUGCUAUCCAAGUGUUCAGGCUGACUCCCGUCCCUGAGGAGGGUAGAGAGAUUCUCAUGCAGGUGCUUUUGGACAGUGCCAGCCCCAUGCAAAAGCGUAUUGCUGCUUAUCUGGUACUUAUGAAAGACCCCCAGCCCACUGAACUGGCCCAGCUGGCUGAUGCCUUGCCCAAUGAGCAGGACAAACAAGUCAAGAGCUUUGUGAUCUCCCACAUUACCAAUAUUUUGUCCUCAACUGAGCCAGAGACCCAAGAAUUGAGACAGAAGAUUCGUGAUGCCCUGCAAGGUAAUGAGGUCGGGCCCACCAUGGACCCAACCAAGUUCUCUCGCAACUACAAGAUUGGAUCUGUGGAGGGUAACAUGAUCUUUGAGGGUACCAGCUACCUGCCCAAGGAAGUCAUGCUUGAAAUGACUCUGAAGGCAUUUGGCUAUGACAUUGACAUGAUGGAGAUUGGUAUGGAGGGCAAAGGAUUUGAGCCAACUGUUGAUGCCCUGUUUGGAACGAAUGGCUUCUUCCCUGACACUGCCCUAAAGACAAUGUACUUUGUUUCUGACAACAUGCCACUCAAAGUCAAUGAGAUCCUGCAGAACAUGCUGCCUGCUCUGAAAAAGGAUAGGAUGAAGAGACAGGCCUCCCAGAACCUGAUGCGGGAGAUUGGACGCAACCUCAACAAACUCGUGAGGGAAAUGAAGACGGCACAGUCUCCAGAGGCAAUGGUUUAUCUGAGACUUUUAGGCAAUGAGCUGGGAUAUCUGACGACCAACGAAAUGGAAGAGAUGGCCUACUCUGCUGCCAUGAUGUUUGACAGCAUGUUCAAGAUGUUCCCUACUGAUAUCAUUAAGGCACUGAUGACCAAGGCUGACAACACAUUCUUUGCCCACUACAUCUUUAUGGACAAUGAAUUCUUCCUGCCUACUGUCACUGGGGUGCCUCUGAGGAUUUCACUGUCUGGUACUUUCACCCCUGGCAUUAAGGGUGGACUUCAAAUUGCUCGUGAUACGAGUGAAGUGACCUUCAUGCCCUCUGCUGGCAUUGAGUUUGUAUCGCAAAUUGGGUCCCACAUCCCUGAAUAUGUCAACUCUGGAUUAGAGAUACACACCGACAUUUUCCAUGAAAGUGGGCUUAGUGCCAAGAUCUCCAUAGAACGUGACAAUGUGAAGCUGACCAUUCCUGCUCCAACCAGUCCUACUAAGCUCUUCCAAAUGACAAACACCAUGGUGGCAGUGACUGGAUCACAGGUGAAGACCAUUCCCUCUAUGGUGAUGGAUAAGGUUGAUGUUAGCGAGUGCACUCCCUUCUUUGCUGGAAUGAAAUACUGCACUGCUCUGCAGUACACUGAUGCUUUCUCUCAGGAGACAGCCCCCUAUUUCCCCAUCACCGGAGACAGCAAAUUUGCUGUGGAGCUCCAUCCUACUGGUGAAGUCACUGAGUACACAGCCACUGUUGCCUAUGAGCUCCUCAAGGAGGGAGAAGAGGGCCGGCAGAAGGUUGACUCUUUGAAGUUUGUUCUGAGGGCAGAAGGUUCAGCUCCCACUGAAGCCAGAGCAAUCAUGAAAUAUAACAGAAGAAAGAAUGUCAUCACAGCGGACAUCCAGAUCCCUGACUAUGAUGUGGAAGCUGGACUCAGGCUGGGUGUUGUCGAUGGAAACACCAAGGGCAAAGGAACUCACUCCAUCUCUCUUGACUUCAUAAACAAGAACAUACCUCAGCUUUCCCUGGUUGGACGUGCCAAUCUGAAGGCCAUGAAGGAAGGUAUGCUGCAAGUCCAACUUCUUGUCCCUUCAUUCAAUGCCGAUGCAACCGUCACAGCUAACAUGAAACGUGAUGAAGAAUUGGAAUUGGAGGUUAAGAGUGAAAUCAAGGUCAUGGACGCUACCUCUGAGCAGAAAAUCACAAUGAAAUAUGAUGCCAGCAAGUUUGAGGUUGAACUCAAGUCAGAUGUGAACACUGAGACCACUAGCUUGCCAAAUGCUGAUAUUGUUGAGAAGUAUGGCAACCAAAUUCUUGACAUGGAAAUGGGGCAGACUGACAUGAAAGUCCGUCACAUCUUCAAGAAGUUUGUGGAGGCAGCAAACAAUUACAUGGAAAAGUAUGGGGCUGAUAUCCCUUACAUUCAGAACUUCAGAGUGCCUGCUAUGCCUGAGAUUUCCCUGCCAGAGACACUGUUCCUCAAUACUGAGGCAAAGGCUGUCUACUACUUCAACAAUGAGCGCUUCACCAUUGCUAUCCCUCUCCCUCUUGGAGGAAGGUCAACAGAAGAGCUUAACUUCCCACCAGCUUUAACCACACCUAGCGUGUCUCUACCUGAGUUUGGACUGGAGAUUGUCUCCAUACAAAUUCCCAUCCCAGAGCUUGUUGUCCCCGAGAGCCUUACUCUGUCCAUUCCUCUUUUUGGCAAAGCUGAAGUUUCAACUCUGAUGAAGAGCAACCUAUAUGACAUGGAGGCCUCAAUGGCUGCUGGCAAAGAUGUUGUGGAGACACCAAGCUACUCAGCUAAGUUUGAUGUGAAAGGAACCUCCCCACUUGACAUCCUCUCAAUAAAGAUUGAAGGCUCUGGAAUGUUGGCCACCACUGAUUCCAUCAAAGCCCAAUUGAAAAGCUCUUUGGCCCAUAAAUUUCUUGAAGCCAGUAUUAGUAUAGUUGAGGAUGCAACCAUCACAGACAAACUCAAUUUGAAAUCAAGCAGCAAGAUUGAAGCCACAAGUCCCUUUGGUCUCAAUAUUGCAUUAGAGCACACUGGUAUGACUGGAUUCAACACUGAAGAAAUAUCUGCUGAAAGCAACUUUGAGGGAAAAUUCACAGCUGGACCCAUGUAUGGCAAGACCAUUUCAACCCAGUCAUUUGCCAUCUUCCCACUUAGGCCAGAAGCAAAGAUUGAUUCUACUGUUCAGUUUGACUCCACCAUCAUUAAGGCCCAGAACACAAUUGCGGCAACCUAUGCCAAUGGUGAAUUCUCAGUUGUGUCUAACACCAAUGCCUUUGAAGACAUCUUGACCCAUGUUGCUGAGCUUUCCUUCAAAGACAGCAAGCUGUCACUGAAAUGUAAUGCAAAUGCCCUUGCUCUCGGCAUGAAGAUCCGCAACCAGGCUGAAGCCUCUGCUGGAGAUGGUGAAGUCGUCAUGAGAAUGGAGACAAAUGCAGACCACUCUGAAAACCGUGUUUACUCUUUGCUGACUGCCUAUUUUGAUGUCAAUGGUCUGGCUGUAAACAGUGAUGCCACCAUGAAGCUUUUUGAGAAUGAGGCUACACACAAGGCAACUCUGAAAAUGAACAAGGAUGGUUUGAUCACAAGUGGAACAACCACCCUCCAAAGCCCCCUUUCCCUGGAAAACACCUUCAAUGCUGGGCUUGAUGCUUCAAGAGCUACUCUAUCUUUUACCAACAAGGCUGCAAUGCAUGACAUCAAGGUUGAUAAUGCCAACACUCUGACCAUUACUCUCUCUAGCCUUGACUUCAACUCAAAGGCUGAAGCCUCUGCCAGUGAGUAUGCCUCUUACACUCAUGAUAUCACCAUCGACCUAAAACCCUAUACUGCUUCUGCAAAUGUUAAUAACAACUUGAAACUUCUGGCGGCCAACUUCAAUAAUGAGGCUCAGCUGCAGGCAGAGCUUUACAAGAUGGACCUGACUGGAAGCCUGAAAGCAAUCUAUGGUGCAGAAGAGAUCAAGCACACCUAUCAGGUAAACUAUGCUGAUAUGACAGCUAAUGCAAAAUGCAGCACCACUGGAAAACUCCUUGGAACUCACAUGAGCCACAACACCGAGCUUGAAGUUGUCGGUCUUGCUGCCAGGAUCACCAACGAUGCCCGUUUCAACUCACAGCCAAUGCGCUUUGACCACACCAUCCGUUGCAGCAUUGUUCCUUUUGAUUUCAACCUUGAUGCCAUUUUUAAUGCUGAUGGAGACAUGACCAUGUCUGGAAAGCACAGUGCCCAGCUCUAUGGCAAGUUCCUCCUUAAAGCGCAGCCCCUGGCUUUUGCUAGCUCACAUGAAUGCAGAGCAUCAGUAAACCAGCAGCUAGAUAGCGGUUUUGCUCUUGAGACCACAAUUGACAACAAGAUGGAUACUGUUCUGUCAAUCCAAGAGCAGAAAAGCAGUUUUAGAAUGAAGUCUAAAAUGAAUGAGCAUGCCUUUAAUCAGGACAUGAGUGUUUUUAACACUGCUGAGAGAACUGGAAUUGAGGUUUAUGGCACCAUCCUCACAAACAUGCUCAAUGCAGACUCCACGGAGACCCAAGAAUUCACCCUCUCUUCAUUCCUCAGGUAUGACAAGAACAAAAAUAGUCAAAUAAUUCAGUUCCCUCUAAUUGAAAAUCUGCCUGCCUUCUUGGAAAGCAUCAAGGGCGUUGUUGUCCGUGUUGCAGAGGCACUGCAAGACUACAUAAAAGAUGAGGAGAUUAGGGCUAAACUUGAGGCUCUUCCCCAGUAUGUAAGUGAACUUGUUUCUCAACUCAACAUAGAAGGCAAAGUCAUUCAGCUGAAACAGUAUUUUGAUGAUUUUACCCAAGCAUAUGUCAUCUCCAUGGAGGAUAUUGAAGCCUCUUUGAGAAACAUUAAGGUUACUGUUGAGAAACUGCUGGCUGAUCUCACAGUUUACAUCCAACACUUUGCUGGUAUGGUAAAAGAGUUCAUUGUUAGUGAAACUUUCCCUGAAACCCUCAUUCAGAAGAUUCAGGAACAGCUGAAUGCCAUUAAUGAGGAGUAUGACAUCCAGGCAAUGGUUGUGUAUGUGAUUGAUACCAUGAAGGAGAUGAUCCAGCAGAUUGACUUGGAAAAACUUAAGGGCAGCAGCAUAGCAUUCCUUCAUGAUAUUGAUUCCAAAUAUGAAGUCAAGGCUAAACUACAAACAAUCAUGAGUGAUAUGAAACAAAUAAUUGAGACCUUUAACAUGCAAAAAUAUGUUGUUGUGGUGAAGGAGUUCACUUCAUCCAUCAACCUUAAAGCUCACAUUGACCUAGUGAGUCAGAUUCCCAGAGAUAUUUUCUACGCUAUGACAGAAAUCAUUACGGAAAUGAUUCCGGAUCUUGACAUCCUAGGUAAGAUCAAUACAUUCUACGCCAAGAUGAGAGAGUUGAUUGUAAAGUUUGAGGCUGACAAAAAGGUGCAGGCUGUCUUGGAAAAGGCUGUUGAGCUCAUCAAGCAAUUUAAAAUUGAGGAAACUUUUAGGGCUGUAGCCAACAUGGUGAAGAAUGCAGACAUCCCUACCAAAUUCAUGCAAGUCUUCCAGGGUGCUAUCAACUACUUGAAAACAACUGAGAUUACGGAUAUAAUUCAACAGCUGAAUAUGUAUAUUGAAACAAUUGUGCAAAAGCUGAAUUCCCUGGAUUACAAUGACUUUGUGAAUCAUGCCAAUCAAAUAAUUGCUGAGUACACAGUUUACGUGAAUGAACUGAUCAGAACUCUUGAAAUUCCACAGAAAUUUGAGGCAACAAGAGACUUUGUCAACCUUGUUUUAUCCUCUGUUAGAGGCUUUAUGGAAAGCUUGAGAGAAAUCAAAAUUGCAGAAAUGAUUAAAUCUGUAAAGGAUAUCAUUGACCAAGUUGUGCUUGACAGUGUUAAGAGAUGUGCUGAAUUUAUAAAACAGGAAAUUACAGAUCUGGAUAGAGCUGAGAUAACCUCUUAUCUCACCAUCACCACGGUCACUGAUAUGUUCACUUAUGUGGUUGAUAUUAUUAAGAACAAGGCACCUGAGCAAAAAAUCAUCAGUGAGAUUCAGCAGAUCAUUGAAGGGCUCAUUACUGAACUUAAGAAGGCUGAGUUGAACAUGCCAUCCUUCAUCAUUCCUCUCACUGAUCUUGUUGUGCCUUCUGUGAAAUUCAGCAUGGAUACGCUUGAACAGUUUGAAAUCCCAGCACAGCUAGAUAUCCCUGAGUUCACCAUCCUGGGCUUCUAUACUGUGGAAUCUACCACAAUUUCAUUUGAUGACAUCAAGCAGAGAAUCAUUGAAAUUAUUGAUUACAUUGUAAACUUUGAGAUCAAAAUGCUUGAUGUGGAGGCUUUCUUUGGAGACCUGUCCCUGAACUACCUUCCUUCUAUUCCUGAGAUAACCUUCCCAGUAAUCGCCCUUCCUGAGAUUGCAUUCCCUACCAUUCCACAAGUUCCUGUAGAAAAGCUUGUUAAGUCUCUUCAGGUUCCUGAGAUCACAUUGCCAACCAUACCAAAUCAGAUCAUGGUCCCAUGCUUUGGUAAACUCUAUGGUGAGAUCAAAUUCCUAACUCCCACCUACACCGUCAAGACUUCUGCUGAGUUCCAGAACUCCACUGAGAGUGAAACAACACCUCAAUUCACUGGAUUCCUUUCUUCCCAGGCCACAUCUCCAAGUUUUGACAUUCUAAAUUACAAAAUUGACUCCACUGCUCGUAUUGCAUUCCCAAAAAUGAGUCGUGUUGUCCUUGCAGAGACUCUCAAGUUUAACCAUCUUGCUCUUGAAGUUGAACAUCAGGCAUCUCUAACUCUCUAUGGCCAAUCAGCCCAGGCCCAAGGCAAAACUACAAUUAAGGUUAUGACUACACCUUACACUGCUGACUUCAUGAACACAGCCUUUUUUGCUAUGGCGGAGGGAAUGACUUCCUCUCUCGAUACUACUUACAAACAUGUAGUGGACCUCCCAAUUGUUAAUGUCAGGAGUGAGGCCACUGUAACCCAGAAAGCAAUUGCUCGCCAAGAUGGCUUCACCUUCACGUUAGCAGUUGACAAUUCAGGCACUGGCAAACUCAAUGCUGAUGAUGGCACUCACAAGAGCAACUUGCAAUUGUCACUCACUCCCAGCCUUAUCAUGUUAACUUUCUCUGGAGACACAGAACUGUAUGGUGGAGUCAGUGGAGUCCUGUUAAAUGGAAUCAACAUUGUAGUCCGUCCUGUUGAGUUUGUCUUUGAAUUCCAAAACAAAGGAAAUGCCAAGGUCAACAUUUUUGAAAGUCUGAUUGCUAAGAUAGAUCUGCAGAAUGAUUACUCAGCCACCUUUAAACCUAACAGCCAACAGAUGAACACGGUAUCUCUGGCUCGUCUUAAUCAGUACAAAAUAUUCUACAACUUCACUGUUGACAAUAGUGAAAAUGAGGCUGGCAUCUUUGUUGCAAUGGAAAGUGAGGCCAAUCUUGACUUCCUGACAUACCCUAUCAGCAUUCCUGAGAUUGACCUGCCUUUUGUUGACUUCCGUACUCCAGCUAUUAGUGAUCUGAACUUGUAUGAGCAGACUGGAUUGAAGAACAUUUUAACUACCACUGAGCAGUCUGUGGACGUGGAUGCCAAGAUUGUUUACAAGAAAAGCCAGGCUGCCCCCCUUGUUGAUAUGAUGGGUUUAAUCCAGAUUCCAUCUAUGGGUAACCUGAUCACAGAGCUGUCUGUCAAGUCUGCCAUCAUUAAUCUGAAUGCCAAUGCUGGACUGUAUGCUGAGGAUGAUCUUGUGUUCCGUCUGGGAGCUACCACAGCCUCUGUAUUUGAGGGUCUUCAAGCCAAACUUGAUGGCACCACCAGUUUGACCACCAAGAGAGGAAUCAAGUUGGCCAAUUCCCUGUCCCUUGAAAAUCGUCACAUCGAAGGCACUCAUGACAGCUCCAUCAGCAUGAGUACUGAGACUUUUGAAACUGCCAUCUCUGUGGCUACUGUUGCAAAGAUUGCCCUGCCUAUACUCAAUCUGGACGCAAACCAAAAUUUGGUUGCAGACACCAAAACCAAAGCAAAUGCUGUCUCCACCUUUAGGAUUAAGGGUGAUUUAAAUCUCCCUGUGAUCAAGGCUGUUGGAAAGGCUGAAGCAGACCACAGUCUGAAGCUGGAGGGAAGCUUUGAGUAUGUGUCCAUAGAGUCAUCUACUAAGGCCAACAUGGAUGGCACAGUGCUUGAAGACUAUCUACUUUUGGGAGUCCUGGAUAAUGAUGCUAAUCUGUAUCUGAAUAAGGAUGGCCUACGCUCCACUUCCAAGGUUAUUGCUGAUACCAAGCUUAACCAAGGCGCCACCAAACUCAUGGGCAUGGAUGUAAAUGAGAAUAUUGCUGUUGAAGCCUCCCUGAGCCGUGUGUAUGCAGUGCUGAAGUACACGGGCAACAACGAGGCAAACCUGUUUGAUUUCAACACAAACGGGAAGCAUGUCGUCCAGGCUACCAUUGAUCUUGCCCCAACCUCUUCCUUGACUGCUGAUAUUGAGAUUAAUUUGUCUCAGCCAAGCAGCCUGGGUGACCUCACCAUCUUUGAGAAAACUGUUGCUGAGGUGACAGCGGCAAAGCAGAAGAUCUCCACCAAUGGCAAGGUUGUCAGCCCGCUGUACACCACAAAUCUGGCAGCUGAAGUAGAGGGUGAUGCCUCUGUCUUCAAAGUUAUCUUAAAGUCCUCUGCCACCUCGGUCAUUGUGCUCUUGGAAUAUGACAUGGAUGCUUCUACUACUGUGACCUUUGAGAAUGAAGCUCUGAACAUGGCCAGCAAGGUUGUCUUGACACAUGCUGAAAUGACCAUGGAUGUCAAUCAUGUUAUUACCCAAGCCUUGAGGAAAAAGCGCCAGGCUGAUAACAGUUACUCUCGCCACACCCUGAAUCUGGACAUCACCAGUCCUACUUUCACUGAUGCGAACCUUCGUUAUGCUGCUCGCAGAGAUGGUAUCAGUGCUUCAGUAUCUACCCCUUCCACUGGCUUCCUGGGCCUUCAAUUCAAUUGCAGAGUCCCAUCUCAGAUGAUGGCAAGGGUCUAUGGUCGUUAUCCUUCUGCCCCAGAGGUUGAUGUUGACAUCUUGGUCAUCAAAUCAUCUUCUAAAGAUGCUGACAAGACGGACCUGCAGAUUGCCUACAACAUGGAGGCACCAAAAGUAAUGCUCAAUGAAUUCAAGAUGAGAAUCCCUUCCAUCAUCUCUACAUUCACAAUGUUUGCUGACAAGUACCAGAUCACAAGCAAUAUGGAAGAGUUGAAAAACUCUGUUGUCAACCACAUCAGCGAGGCCUAUAAUGCUGCAAUCAACUAUGACACUCAAUUAAGCCAGGUGUCAAUUUUCUUCAGGAACAUAAUUGUCCAGUACCAGAAGACUCUUCAGGUAUUUUUGGAUGCUGUCGUCAAGGUCUUGAGGGAAACCCAGUUCAAACUGCCUGGGUCUGAUGAGAUGACCACUCUCCCUGAGGUCCUGAGGAAGCUGACCAGCAGCAUUGCUGCAAUGCUAGAUAAAACCCUCCAGACUAUCAAAGACAACUCGGAGGUCUACUACAACUCCUUUGUUGAGCAGAUCAGCAGCGUGAAAUUGCGCAUGCCAGUUGGUGACGCAAUCACUGGAAGCGAGAUCUUGGAUCAGGUCAAAACAGGUUUUAAGAACAUCUUUGAUGAACUGGUGGACUUUGUGAAAAAUAUGGAAAGUCUUGACACAAUACUAGUGAAGAUGGGUGAGACCCUGAAGGCUGUUGUUGAGAAAUCUCAGGAGUUUGUUGACUCUGUCAAGUCUGACUAUUUAGAUGCAGUGUUCAUCAACAUCAAUGUCCUCUAUCGUAACCUUGUCACAGUCUUAAAGAAUGUUGUUGACCAGAUCUCUGCCCUAAAUAUGGAGCAGCUAAACAAUUCAUUUGAGAACAUCAUUGACAUGUUCGUUUAUGUAUUGGAUCAGUUCAAUAACACUGUUUAUGGUUUCCUGCAGCCAGCUUCAGAGGAGGCUCAAGCCUACAUGAAAGUUAGUGACGGAAGGCUUGAGAUUGACCUUCCAUUUUCCUUCCAGCAGUGAGAAACCCUCAGACUGAGGCCUAAGUUCAAAUGAAACACUACCAUCUGUUCAAAACACAUGCUUGGAAGAAGUAUGGACAAUUUGCUCUUUAACCAUAUUUAUAACAAUGAGUUCAACAGAAACACCUGUUGUAUCAUUUUCAUUGAGAUGGUUUAUUGUGUACAAACAUUGAAAAUGUAAAAUGUAUUGAAACUCACCUUCCUGCAACAAGAAAACAUCAAUAAAAUACAUUAAUGC